AUGCUCGUGCGCGGGGUUAUUAUAAGCCGGCCGAUCGAGCUAGCGCUCCGGAUCGACGUGGAUUUAAUUCCCAGCACUGGAGACUGGACGGCGAGCAAUCAUUCCAUGUCACGGCUACCGCACGUCUGGAAGAAGGCGGUGAUGAGGGAGCCGCCGGCGACGACGCUCUCCGCGGCGGCGCAGGAGAGGGCGACGGCGACGGUCCAGUCGAGCAAUGCAGUCAAGAAGCCGCCGCCGCGGGAGCUGAGGCGCCUCGCACCAAUCAGCGGCGGCGGCGGCGACAGAGCGGACAGGAGGAGGAGUAACGGCGCCAGCGCCACGGCGGGCACGGAGCUCGCGGAGCGCGCGGCGAAGGCGUGGAUGCGGCAUGCGCUGGCGAAGCGGGUCGCCACGCGCUUGCUGAAGCGGAGCACGGCGCCGCCGGCGGCGGCAGUGGCGGACGAGGGGAGCAGCCCGAAGAAGGUCAUCGCGUGCUGCUGCGCGAGGCUCCCGCCUGGCCUGCGCUGCGCGCUGCACCAGUACGGCGCGCCGGGCCGGGCCUGGAUGCGCGCGCAGCGCCGCGGCUGCAACGGCGGAGCGGCCGUCGCGCCGCCCAAGGCGCACGGGUGGGCGUUCAGCGAGUACGCGCGGUGGCGCAGGCACGUGUGGAUGCCCAGCCGGUUCUACUUGGAGCGCGUCGAGGCCGAGGAGCACCGUGCAGCGGCAGAGCGGCUUCGUCUCGUGAGACGCCUGUAG